UCAUUUACUUCCGGUCUCGUUAACUUGACGUAACACACAGAGCCACGAAGCCAUGUUACCUCAACUUUGACCAAUUCAACCGAUGAUUAAGAAUUUAUAAUUAUCAAGCAAGCCAAAAAGCUAAGGCAACUAACGAGUGAUAAUCGAUAACUCGUAAACUCUAGGGAUUUCGGUUUUCACAGCUAUCUGCAUGCUCAUGAUGAACAACUCUGCGGGCAGAAAUUCUAGGGAUUUGAGAGUCUUUGCCCUUCUGCUGCUGUUUAUCGGCACCCCGAAAGGAAGACAAAUUUACGGAAGAGCUAAAGCCGUAGAGGCGGAACGUGGCAUUAAAACCAAAGCAUGGGACGACGUUAUAGAUUACAACCCCGAAAUCCACCACGAACGCGAUAACGAGGAACGCGACGAAGGUUCUUCAGACAUAGCUAAGGCAAAACGAACAUGCGAUCCUUGCGCGCAUUUACACAAUGCCAUUGCAUGUUUACCAGAUCAUAAGAGAGAAAAAGUAUGUCAGUCAUUUGAGAGGUGCGUGUGUGACUUCGAUACAACAGAAAGUGUUCUUUACCCGAAAUGUAACGGGUGUAUAGAAAAGAAUACGGGUCGUGCACGCUUUUGAAAAAAGCAAGGAAGAGGCGGAACGUGUCAAAGCUGUGUUUAAUUAAUGAACUAGAACAAUUAUAGUGCUUGCCUUUGGCUACUUGUGCGUAAUAAAAGUAUGAAUACCUAA